AUGUCUGCACUGCAAAGCUCCCUGAGGUUCCUCCCCCACGUCAUCAUGGGCACCGCCGUCAACGUGGCGGCGGCAUGGCUCGUCUCCAGAGUCAAGGUCCAGACUCUCGGCGCCGCGUCGGCCGUCAUCUCGGCCGUUGCCCCGAUCCUCAUGGCCACGGUCGACCUCGACGGCAACUACUGGUUCGCGCCCUUCUGGGCCAUGCUUCUCUCGCCCGUCAACGCCGACGCACUCUUCACCGUGUCCAACCUCAUCAUCUCGGACGCCUUCCCGGCAGACUUGCAGUCCCUCGCCGGCGGCGUCUUCAGCGAGAUCGGGCAGAUAGGCAACGCCGUGGGCCUCGCCAUGACGGCAGCUAUUGCGGCAUCCGUGACGGAGCACUCGGGCAUCGUCGACGAUACCGGAGCGGCGCGCAUGGCGGGCUACCGCGCCGCUUUCUGGACCGUCUUCGCGGCCACGGUGGCCGUGGUCGUCGUCGUGCUAUGGGGGCUCAGGAAGAGCGGCACGGUCGGGAAGAAGGACGACUAG